AUGACUGCAUGUGAUGGCAUGAGUGCAUGUGAUGGCAUGAGUGCAUGUGAUGGCAUGACUGCAUGUGAUGGCAUGACUGCAUGUGAUGGCAUGAGUGCAUGUGAUGGCAUGACUGCAUGUGAUGGCAUGAGUGCAUGUGAUGGCAUGAGUGCAUGUGAUGGCAUGAGUGCAUGUGAUGGCAUGAGUGCAUGUGAUGGCAUGACUGCAUGUGAUGGCAUGAGUGCAUGUGAUGGCAUGAGUGCAUGUGAUGGCAUGAGUGCAUGUGAUGGCAUGACUGCAUGUGAUGGCAUGACUGCAUGUGAUGGCAUGAGUGCAUGUGAUGGCAUGAGUGCAUGUGAUGGCAUGAGUGCAUGUGAUGGCAUGACUGCAUGUGAUGGCAUGAGUGCAUGUGAUGGCAUGAGUGCAUGUGAUGGCAUGAGUGCAUGUGAUGGCAUGACUGCAUGUGAUGGCAUGACUGCAUGUGAUGGCAUGAGUGCAUGUGAUGGCAUGAGUGCAUGUGAUGGCAUGACUGCAUGUGAUGGCAUGAGUGCAUGUGAUGGCAUGACUGCAUGUGAUGGCAUGAGUGCAUGUGAUGGCAUGAGUGCAUGUGAUGGCAUGACUGCAUGUGAUGGCAUGAUGCAUGUGAUGGCAUGUGAUGGCAUGACUGCAUGUGAUGGCAUGACUGCAUGUGAUGGCAUGACUGCAUGUGAUGGCAUGACUGCAUGUGAUGGCAUGAGUGCAUGUGAUGGCAUGAGUGCAUGUGAUGGCAUGAGUGCAUGUGAUGGCAUGAGUGCAUGUGAUGGCAUGACUGCAUGUGAUGGCAUGAGUGCAUGUGAUGGCAUGAGUGCAUGUGAUGGCAUGAGUGCAUGUGAUGGCAUGACUGCAUGUGAUGGCAUGACUGCAUGUGAUGGCAUGACUGCAUGUGAUGGCAUGACUGCAUGUGAUGGCAUGACUGCAUGUGAUGGCAUGAGUGCAUGUGAUGGCAUGACUGCAUGUGAUGGCAUGAGUGCAUGUGAUGGCAUGAGUGCAUGUGAUGGCAUGAGUGCAUGUGAUGGCAUGAGUGCAUGUGAUGGCAUGACUGCAUGUGAUGGCAUGAGUGCAUGUGAUGGCAUGAGUGCAUGUGAUGGCAUGACUGCAUGUGAUGGCAUGACUGCAUGUGAUGGCAUGAGUGCAUGUGAUGGCAUGAGUGCAUGUGAUGGCAUGAGUGCAUGUGAUGGCAUGACUGCAUGUGAUGGCAUGAGUGCAUGUGAUGGCAUGAGUGCAUGUGAUGGCAUGAGUGCAUGUGAUGGCAUGAGUGCAUGUGAUGGCAUGACUGCAUGUGAUGGCAUGACUGCAUGUGAUGGCAUGAGUGCAUGUGAUGGCAUGAGUGCAUGUGAUGGCAUGAGUGCAUGUGAUGGCAUGACUGCAUGUGAUGGCAUGAGUGCAUGUGAUGGCAUGAGUGCAUGUGAUGGCAUGACUGCAUGUGAUGGCAUGACUGCAUGUGAUGGCAUGAGUGCAUGUGAUGGCAUGAGUGCAUGUGAUGGCAUGAGUGCAUGUGAUGGCAUGACUGCAUGUGAUGGCAUGAGUGCAUGUGAUGGCAUGAGUGCAUGUGAUGGCAUGAGUGCAUGUGAUGGCAUGAGUGCAUGUGAUGGCAUGAGUGCAUGUGAUGGCAUGAGUGCAUGUGAUGGCAUGACUGCAUGUGAUGGCAUUGCAUGUGAUGGCAUGAGUGCAUGUGAUGGCAUGAGUGCAUGUGAUGGCAUGAGUGCAUGUGAUGGCAUGAGUGCAUGUGAUGGCAUGAGUGCAUGUGAUGGCAUGACUGCAUGUGAUGGCAUGAGUGCAUGUGAUGGCAUGAGUGCAUGUGAUGGCAUGACUGCAUGUGAUGGCAUGAGUGCAUGUGAUGGCAUGAGUGCAUGUGAUGGCAUGAGUGCAUGUGAUGGCAUGACUGCAUGUGAUGGCAUGAGUGCAUGUGAUGGCAUGAGUGCAUGUGAUGGCAUGAGUGCAUGUGAUGGCAUGACUGCAUGUGAUGGCAUGAGUGCAUGUGAUGGCAUGAGUGCAUGUGAUGGCAUGAGUGCAUGUGAUGGCAUGACUGCAUGUGAUGGCAUGAGUGCAUGUGAUGGCAUGAGUGCAUGUGAUGGCAUGAGUGCAUGUGAUGGCAUGAGUGCAUGUGAUGGCAUGAGUGCAUGUGAUGGCAUGACUGCAUGUGAUGGCAUGAGUGCAUGUGAUGGCAUGAGUGCAUGUGAUGGCAUGAGUGCAUGUGAUGGCAUGAGUGCAUGUGAUGGCAUGAGUGCAUGUGAUGGCAUGAGUGCAUGUGAUGGCAUGAGUGCAUGUGAUGGCAUGAGUGCAUGUGAUGGCAUGAGUGCAUGUGAUGGCAUGAGUGCAUGUGAUGGCAUGACUGCAUGUGAUGGCAUGAGUGCAUGUGAUGGCAUGAGUGCAUGUGAUGGCAUGAGUGCAUGUGAUGGCAUGAGUGCAUGUGAUGGCAUGACUGCAUGUGAUGGCAUGAGUGCAUGUGAUGGCAUGAGUGCAUGUGAUGGCAUGAGUGCAUGUGAUGGCAUGAGUGCAUGUGAUGGCAUGACUGCAUGUGAUGGCAUGAGUGCAUGUGAUGGCAUGAGUGCAUGUGAUGGCAUGACUGCAUGUGAUGGCAUGAGUGCAUGUGAUGGCAUGAGUGCAUGUGAUGGCAUGAGUGCAUGUGAUGGCAUGAGUGCAUGUGAUGGCAUGACUGCAUGUGAUGGCAUGAGUGCAUGUGAUGGCAUGACUGCAUGUGAUGGCAUGAGUGCAUGUGAUGGCAUGACUGCAUGUGAUGGCAUGAGUGCAUGUGAUGGCAUGAGUGCAUGUGAUGGCAUGACUGCAUGUGAUGGCAUGAGUGCAUGUGAUGGCAUGAGUGCAUGUGAUGGCAUGACUGCAUGUGAUGGCAUGAGUGCAUGUGAUGGCAUGAGUGCAUGUGAUGGCAUGAGUGCAUGUGAUGGCAUGAGUGCAUGUGAUGGCAUGAGUGCAUGUGAUGGCAUGAGUGCAUGUGAUGGCAUGACUGCAUGUGAUGGCAUGAGUGCAUGUGAUGGCAUGAGUGCAUGUGAUGGCAUGAGUGCAUGUGAUGGCAUGAGUGCAUGUGAUGGCAUGAGUGCAUGUGAUGGCAUGAGUGCAUGUGAUGGCAUGACUGCAUGUGAUGGCAUGAGUGCAUGUGAUGGCAUGAGUGCAUGUGAUGGCAUGAGUGCAUGUGAUGGCAUGAGUGCAUGUGAUGGCAUGAGUGCAUGUGAUGGCAUGAGUGCAUGUGAUGGCAUGAGUGCAUGUGAUGGCAUGAGUGCAUGUGAUGGCAUGAGUGCAUGUGAUGGCAUGACUGCAUGUGAUGGCAUGACUGCAUGUGAUGGCAUGAGUGCAUGUGAUGGCAUGAGUGCAUGUGAUGGCAUGAGUGCAUGUGAUGGCAUGAGUGCAUGUGAUGGCAUGAGUGCAUGUGAUGGCAUGAGUGCAUGUGAUGGCAUGAGUGCAUGUGAUGGCAUGAGUGCAUGUGAUGGCAUGAGUGCAUGUGAUGGCAUGAGUGCAUGUGAUGGCAUGAGUGCAUGUGAUGGCAUGAGUGCAUGUGAUGGCAUGAGUGCAUGUGAUGGCAUGAGUGCAUGUGAUGGCAUGAGUGCAUGUGAUGGCAUGAGUGCAUGUGAUGGCAUGACUGCAUGUGAUGGCAUGACUGCAUGUGAUGGCAUGAGUGCAUGUGAUGGCAUGAGUGCAUGUGAUGGCAUGAGUGCAUGUGAUGGCAUGACUGCAUGUGAUGGCAUGACUGCAUGUGAUGGCAUGAGUGCAUGUGAUGGCAUGACUGCAUGUGAUGGCAUGAGUGCAUGUGAUGGCAUGAGUGCAUGUGAUGGCAUGACUGCAUGUGAUGGCAUGACUGCAUGUGAUGGCAUGAGUGCAUGUGAUGGCAUGAGUGCAUGUGAUGGCAUGAGUGCAUGUGAUGGCAUGACUGCAUGUGAUGGCAUGAGUGCAUGUGAUGGCAUGAGUGCAUGUGAUGGCAUGAGUGCAUGUGAUGGCAUGACUGCAUGUUGA